UAUAGCUUCGUAACUUCAGCGCGCAUCAACAUGGGCUCAUCCAAAUUGCUUAUUUUCAGUGCCUUGCUGGCCAUUAUGGUCGCCAGUAGCUCGGCGGGCCUUCUGGAUUCACUUGUCCCCAAAGCUAUUACGGACUUCUACAGUAGUGCGUCCUCCCAAGAGGGAUACCGCUUUGCAGUCAAUGACCCCAAUGGCAGCACACGUGAGGAAGUUGGUAUGAUCUUGAAUCCCGGCACAGACAAAGAGGAGUUGGUGGUGAUGGGUACCUACAGCGUAUAUGAUGAAAAGACUGACACCGAAACUGUAACGAUGUAUACCGCCGACAAGGAUGGUUACAAAGCUCGUUACCAAAGCAAGAACCGCAAACUGAGCCCUGGAGCCCUGAAGUCCGCUGCUGGAUAAAUAUGCAUUAGAUUAGAGUUGUAAACAAAGAGUCAAAAAAUAUAUUUGCUACUGCCGAAA